ACCAAGACUGAGACAUAAUAUUGAUUAUAAACAUUACAUUACUGAAAUUUAAUUACUUUUUUGGGGGGAUAUGCCGGGUCUCAAGUCUCAUUUUAUACCACCUGUGCCCCACCUUUUCCCACCUGUGCAGUGCUGAUGGUGGUGUCGUGUCUCCUCAGUCAUGCAAUCCUGCAGCGUCCAUCACUGUGUCCUGUUCUUACUCACACUCACACUCACCACUGUUCCUCCAGUGGGUCAGACACCUGUAGUGGUGAAGCUGAAUCAGUCUGCUGUUCUUCCCUGUAACGGUACCUGUUCUAGUUCACUGAAAUGGAAGCUAAUUGAAAAACCACCAAAUGUUCUGGCUCAGUGUAAUCAGACAUCAUGCUGGUCAGAAGAGGGAUUUGACAUCUAUUAUGAGAAGUACCUGAAGGGAGAUCUCUCUCUCACCAUCAACACAGCUCAUUACAGUAACAGGGGCUUGUACACGUGUGAGUGUGAUGGUAACAAUAUCCUCAACAGCGUACGUCUGAGCAUCGAAUCCCAGGUUUUCUACAACUAUUGUAUGCCCGCUGAUCAUCUGAUCAUGAAGGCGCCCAUGACAGUCCCAAUGGAAUUGACAUACAUAAGUGAAAAUUCGACGGAUCCAUACCAUGAUCCGAUCUGCAGUGUGAAAGAAGACUUAAAACUACAGUGUAAAGCCGAGUAUGCAACAAGAGUAGUCCUCAAAGGUGAACGUUUAUUCCUAAAAUAUCUAAAGUCAUCUGAUAAUGGGGUGUACACCAUCUGGGACAAGAAGAAUAAUGAAAUCAAUUUCAGUUAUAUUCUCUUUGUGAAAGGUGGUGCAGCAUCACUUGGACUGAGAAUUGAGGCUCUAGUAGGAGUGAUCAUUGGAGCUCUGCUUGUAUUCGGGGGAGUUGUGUGACAAUGUGUGAGAAAUGAAGAAAUUCAAGACGUUUUGACCGAACUAUUUUGACCCUAAUGCUUAUUCCCUUGGCUGUGUGCCAAAUGAUCAGGAAAUGUCUUUAAAUUCUUUCCUGAAAUGCAGCAUUUCCAAUCAGAAUGAAAUCAAUUAUAAAUAUUAUUAAAUUAUUAUUUAAGUCAAUCAAGUCAAUCAUGUUGUUUUAUUUGUAAAGCCUAGUUUUAUUGAUUACUUUAUGAAUGAACAUAUUUUCAGUAACACGUGCAUAUGAAGGUGUAGUCUAUCUCAGAACUGCUUAGUUUACCAUUCAAGGGGAUACAUUAAAGUGUAAAUGGCAAUAAAAAUGAUCAGUAACGACCAGUAAUAUUAGUUUAUCCUCAUUUAAACUUUUUUCUUGAUUUAUAAGUAAUUCAUGUUGUGAAUUGGAUGG